CCUAUGAACUUCUGUGAUGCCAAGUUGUCCUUUGACAGUAAUAUCACGCUAAAGUAAAAGUAGAUAUAGUUUGACAACCUAUAUAUAACAAUAAACAUUUGGUAAUCAUUAUCUGGUGUUGUGUAGUGUAUUCUUUGUCUAUGGGUGUUCCGUUCCAUGGGCCAGUGCUACUUCUUGUGGAGAUCCCACUAAUACUGAACCAUAGAAUAACCUAUAAACGGAGAACGAAUAUCGUAAAUCGCAAAAGAAAGUAAAAUUUUUGAAUUAUUUUGAAGUCCAUAGAGUGUAGAAAAAAUGGCUCAUUAUAAAGGAGCGGCGAGUGAAGCUGGCAGAGCUAUGCAACUGAUGAAAAAAAGGGAAAAAGAAAUGCAGGAUAUAGAACUGAGGAAAAAGAGGAUAGAAGAAGACUUGAAACUGAAUAAUAUAGAGAAUAAAUUUGCUACACAUUAUGAUGCUGUUGAACAACAACUUAAGAGCUCGACAAUAGGUUUGGUAACAUUAGAUGAAAUGAAAGCAAAACAAGAAAAUAUAGUUAGAGAAAGGGAGAAGAAGUUAGCACAGAAACAAGCUGAAAAGGAAAGAGAGCGACAGAGACAAAUUGAAGCUAAACUAGCUGAGAAAAAUAAACAGAAAAAACAGAUACAAGCACUAUCUUUUGACAUAAAUGAAGACAGUAAUGGAGAAGAUAAUGAGGAUGAGGAUUUUGAAAGUAAAGGUUGCAAAAGAGAAACUGAGCAUGAGAUUAAAUUGACUAAGAAAAUUAAAAAGGAUCCAAAUGUAGACACUAGUUUCUUACCAGACAGGGAAAGAGAGGAAGAAGAAAAUAGGUUAAGAGAAGAGUUAAGACAACAGUGGGCUGAGCAGCAGCAAAAACUCAAGGAAGAAGAAAUUGAUAUUACUUUUAGUUAUUGGGAUGGUUCUGGUCAUAGGAGAACAGUUAGAGUUAAAAAAGGCAACUCAAUAUACCAGUUUCUACAAAAAGUGCUAGAACUACUAAGAAGAGAGUUUUCUGAACUCAAAACUGUUAUGGCUGAUCAGUUAAUGUAUGUCAAAGAAGAUUUAAUUCUGCCUCAUCAUUACACAUUCUAUGAUUUUAUAGUUACAAAGGCUAGAGGUAAGAGUGGACCAUUGUUUCAAUUUGAUGUACAUGAUGACAUUAGACUAGCCAGUGAUGCAUCAAUAGAAAAAGAGGAAUCACAUGCAGGAAAAGUUUUGCUAAGGAGCUGGUAUGAAAGAAACAAACACAUCUUUCCUGCAAGUCGCUGGGAGCCUUAUGAUCCAACAAAAACAUAUGACAAAUAUACUGUAUCUGAUAAAAUAAAAAAGUGAUUUAUACAACUGGCUAUAAAUAUAAGUUACUUUUAUAAAUAA